UGGCCUUAACUGCCUCAGAUGGCAGCUGCAUUGCAAAGUGAUUCCUAUAAGGACGGUUCUGAAGCAACAUGAAGUUGAUAUUAUUUAUUCUUAGUACAGUUGUUUAUUCAGGUGCACUGGGAUCCCAGUCUCUGCAGGAUCUGAGAUGGCUUGGCUGUGAGCUGAUAGAGGACCAGAUACUCACGGACGCGAGUGGGCAACCAGAAACUCGCCACCACCAUUUACCCGCAAUGCUGCAGUUCGGCCAGCCGGGAGACAGUCCCAUCGAGCCAGACACCAUCACCUUCUUAGUCACAGGGACGAAGGUGGACAUGCGGAGGUACGUGGAAGGGGGAACGGACCAGCUGAAGUGCGAGAUUCGCCGGUACAGCACGGGGGGCAUUCAGAUGCGCUGGCCCGGGCCGGGGGCAGAGGAGAGGGACGUCUGGUUCACCUGCACGCUAAGUCACAGAGAGGGGCUCUUCGUCCUCACCACCUUCCUCAGACACACCCCAGCCACCUCCGCUGAUCCCCAGGAGGACUACACCAAGAUGUUCCCCAUCAGAGACAGAGACACUCUGGUCACGACAGCGGUGAUGGUGGUCCUGACGCGCUCCCCCUCGGUGGCGGUGGGCCUGCUGAGGGAGCAGACGCUGCACUGCCAGUUUGCCGUGGACCACAAGAGGCCGGACCUGACCGUGGAGUGGCGGUUGCAGCGGCGCGGUGAGCGCUCCAAGCUCUUCAGCUACACCAGCCGCUCAGGGAAGAGCGAGGGCAGCGGCGUGUCCGCCAGGGCCAUUGGCGGGGGUGACGCCUCCCUCCGGAUCCCCCUCACCAAAGUGACCAGCGAGGGGACGUACAUCUGCUCCGUCUAUGUGCCUCCGCUCUACGGGAGCCACGACAUUGCCCUGAACAUCCAAGAGAGCCCCCGGGCGUCCGUAAAUGUGGCCUCCUCGCUGUCCCUCCAGCAGGGUGAGGAGCUGAAGGUGGUGUGCGAUGCGCAGGGGUACUACCCGCUGGACGUGCAGCUGGAGUGGCUGAGGGAAGGGGGGGGUGGCGGGCGGCUGCCGGAGGUGCUGAAGAACGUGCUGUACUCCAGCCACCGCCACCACCCCGACGGCACCUACUCCCUGUCGGCCUUCUUCCUGCUGCGCCCCUCACUCGCUGACUCGGGCUACACCUACACCUGCCGGGUCUCCCACCACUCCUUACGCACCCCUGUCCGGAAGAGCUUCACCCUGACCGUCACAGAGCCUAUGAGCUGGGGCUCUGUGCUGUGGGGAGUCAUGGCUGUGGUGUUUAUAGGGGUAAUGGUCGUGGUUCUGGUCCUGAUGCUCCGCUAUCUCCAUGAAGCAAGAAGAGAAGCAAAUAAGAGGAAGCCAUACUAAGAGGGCAUGUCUGAAGACGUGGAGACAGAUAGUAGGCAGAGGACAGAAACUCUUCAACCUUCCUCCAUCUCCCCUUCUGCUUCGACCCCUCUUGACAUCUGGAUUCCUGUAAUAUGGGGCCCAAGUGGGUGGUUUGGAGGAGGGAGUAAACUUGAGAACCUGAGGACAAAGCUGUUUUUCCACCAAGGGGUGAAUUACUGGAUGUAACAAUCAGGAAAACAAUGCACCUUUCUUAACAAAUGGAAGAACAUUCUGGAGUGUAAAACAAUUUUAUUUGGGACGUUAUUUCAGAGAACUGCUGUGCAUCAUCAGUACUUUAUUCAGUAAAUAUAUUUUGAAGGACAGAUCUCAAUAUUAUUACAGAGCACAGUAACACAGCCAAGAAUGAAACAUUUGAUGCUAGUUUUUGAUGAUGUGUUUGGUGAUGAUA